GGUUCCGUUCAGUUUCGGGCAAGAUGGGCGAUGGCGCACCUCGCCGGGCAGUAGCUUAGACUCUACCUACAAUACAACACACACACCAAAUGUUUCCUAUAAACCACAAGUAACAAUUAACCAAUUGUACAUUAAUCUUAUUUAAGGGAAACAACACGAGAGAACGAGAGAGACACACGUUACUACACGCUCUACACGCAAGCUCUAUUUUUGUAAUAACGCGCCGUAAAAGAAAAAAAAUUCGUAGUGCUCCGCGAUACACCGCGGGUGUAAUUUGUACGACCGUUAAGAGGAGAGACGAAACAGAGAAAGAGAAAGAGAGAGAGAGAGGAAGAAAGAUAGCCCUGCUCUCUACGUAGAGAUAGAAAAGUACGUGAGGCAGACAGAGAGAGAGAGAGAGAGAGAGAGAGAGAGAGAGAGAGAGAGAGAGAGAGAGAAAGAAAGAAAGAAGUAGCAGAAGCUUCGAAGAGCGAGAAACCGCGCUACGUCGGAACGAGAGGUGGACAUCGAUCAUCGCGCCGAUACGAGACGACAGUCGGAAGAGCGAGAAGCAAUAACGCAAGAAGCGGAAGAAGAGGAAAAAGAAACAACAACAACAACAGUAGCAGCGAAACAUUAGAAAAGGAGCGACCGUUGUGUGUGUGUGUGUGUGUAUAUGUGUGUUGUGUGUGCGUGCGUGUGUUCGGCGAAGGCAACCACGACGGUGGGUAGCGACGACGGUAACUGCUACUACCACCACCACCACCACCAUCAGCAUCAUCAUCAUCAGCAGCAGCAGCAGCACGACGACGACGGCGACGACGACGACGACGACGACGACGACGAGGAGUGAUACAGCCGCGAGACCUCGUAAUAACGAGAAGCAGGAGAAACGAGACGUCGACGGCUGCGGCUGCGACGAGACACGUUGUCGAGAGUGAUCGCGCGGCGACGCAGCACGGCUCUCGGCUCGCUCGCGUGUCGCCAGGCUUGCGCGCGCGCGACAACGGCGACGGCGACGACGACGAGCACGAGCACGAGAACGAGAGCGACGACGGAGGAAGAUCGGCGGGAAGAAGCGGGCUAUCUCCGCCGCAUGCCGACGCCACCGCCAGCGCUCGGCGACAGCGGCGCGUUGAAAACGAGAAGGAGCAGCCGCCGAUAAGCGCGACGGCAAGUCUCUCCGGCUCGACGCGCGACGGUGCUACGCGGCGGCAGUCGCCGUUAGUCUUUCGGUAUCGCGACGACGCGGCGUCGCGCAGGCCGCGCUCUCUUUCUCUCUCUCCGUUCUUUUUUUCCCCCUUCGUUUUUCGGAACGUUCGAGAGUCGGGUGUGUGCAGUGCGUGAGUGCGUUUGAUAUACGUGUGUGUACACACGCAUACACACAUAUAUAUAUAUAUUAUAUAUAUAUACACACCGGUGAGAAGGUUAACGACGCUGCCGACGACAACGACGACGACGACGACGACGAGAAGACGCGCAGGCUGCGCACGAGAGAGUGGUGCACGACGACCGGCUGCCGGCGUGCUGCUGUGCGGUAGUUAAUAGCAGCGGUAGCCAAUAGUUUAUUCGUUCAGUAGUGUCGCCGGUAGUGAGCGAGGAACGUGCGGUGCGGUGCGGUGUGGUCCAGUGACGUGACGUGACGUGACGACGGCGACGACGACAACGUUGUCGGUGGAGGAGCCAAGCGACGUGCGGAGGAACGGCGAGGAGGCGCCGACGACGAGCAGGAGGCAGCAGCGGGAGCGACGGAGCAGGAGGUGGGGAAGGAGUUGAAAGAACCGGAGCGGCGGCGCGAAAGCGACCGGCGGCGACGCAACGACGACGACAGCCGACGGUGGUUUUUAGGCUGCGCAUCGUCGCGCCGGCGUGAAUUGUUAUUAUUGUUAUUAUCAUUGCUACUACCGCACCAUCGUAUCAUCGACGGGCGCCGCGCGACUUUUACUACGCCGCUAGCAACAUGUCCGUGAGAAUGGAGAACGUGGCCCCGCCGAGGAAGAUGAACUACAAGAUGAUGGGCGCGAACGGCCCGAGACCGGCGUACGUGGGCGCCAACAACGGUAACGCGGGCGGUGCCGGCGGAGGCGGUGCCGGUGGCGGCGGCGGCGGAGGUGGCGGUGGUGGCGGCGGUGGCGGCGGUGCCAGUGCCGGUGGCGUCGGCGUGGGACCCGCGGCCGGCGCUGGAGGCGGUGGCGGCGGCGGCGGCGGCGGUGGCGGUGGCGGUGGCGGCCACGGCGGUUUGAAGGGCAACGCGGCCGGCGGGCCGAGAGGUGGCAAUCCGGUGCAGUAUCGCGCGAGUGGCGGCGGAGCGGCCACCUGGAGCACGGCGCCGUCGCACGCGGUCGCGGCGGCGGCGGCGGCGGCCGCGUAUCCGCCCUACACGCGGUACCCGAGCGCAGCGGCGGCAGCGGCGGCGGUCGGCGGUCCACAGCAGCUGCCGACUUCCGCUAAUCCCUUCGUCACCGCUGCUUCUUACGCGCAGCAUGCGUCGUACGGUGGUCAGCGGGUGCCUACUGCUUCGUCUCCAGCGAACACAAACAGCAGCUCCAGCAGUGCUACCGGUAGUCAAAGCGGAACAAUGAGCACGAGUCUCAGCAAUAACGCUAUGCAGGGUCAGCAAGCGGAGCAGCUAUCGAAGACAAAUCUUUAUAUUCGUGGCCUCAACCAAAACACAACUGAUAAGGACCUCGUUAACAUGUGUUCUCAAUACGGAACUAUAACAUCAACGAAGGCGAUACUUGACAAGAAUACAAAUAAAUGUAAAGGUUAUGGCUUCGUAGACUUUGAGUCACCACUGGCGGCAGAGGGUGCUGUGAAAGCACUGGUCGCCAAAGGGAUCCAGGCUCAGAUGGCGAAAGUGGGUAUCUGGUUGCUCCGUAGACUGGACAGUGUACGUUGGUUGUGCAUGCAACAACAGGAGCAGGAUCCAACCAAUCUCUAUAUCGCCAACCUGCCGCUUAAUUUCAAAGAAAACGAUGUGGAAACACUGCUCGCCCAAUACGGACAGGUCAUCUCGACUCGCAUCCUGCGCGACACCUCUGGACAGAGCAAAGGUGUCGGUUUCGCAAGGAUGGAGUCUAAGGAGAAAUGUGAACAAAUAAUUCAGAUGUUUAACGGCAAGGCACUAGCAGGGGCGAAGGACCCGUUACUAGUUAAAUUCGCCGAUGGUGGUAAUAAGAAGAAAUCAUUAUUCAAAAGUACAAUAUGGAGAGAAACUGGAGAGAACAUGACUCUGAACUACGACACGAGCGGAGUCGGUCAGAACGGCGUCGCCGCAACCCACAUGCUUCCUGCAGCGACUCUAACACAGUAUAGUCGUCACUAUAGUCAAGCAUUGCCCGGUUACAGCGUGCCUGGUACCCCUUGGGUGGCACCUUACCUCGUGCAGACCGCCCCACCACAUAUGCAACAGGUCGACAUGAUACCGUCAGCCGAUCCUAGCAAUCCGCAGUACAGUAUGAUUCCUCAGCUUACUACGCAAAUGUCUACCUUGCAUCUUGGCACUGGUUCCUACAUCGCGAGCCCACAUCCGUAUCCCUACACUACUUACCCUGCUCCGAGCAUCAUACACACCAUGCCGCUGGGUGAUUCGGAGCAGACGAGUAACGCGGCGUCUCCAGAUGACUCUUACCAGCAGUACCAGGCUCAGCAGCCUAAGUAGGCCACGGUUUAUAGACGUACGUUCGCGCGGAGAGUCAGCGUAAAUUAGGAAAGAAGAAAACCUGUUACAAACACAAGUAACGAAAGCUAAAUUGUAGAAGAGUAUAAAAGAGCGAGAUAGGAUAGAAAAACGAAAAGGAAAGAGAGAGAGAGAGAGAGAGAGAGAGAGAGAGAGAGAGAGAGAAAGCGAGAAAGAAGAGUGGAGGGAGUUAUAUUAACGAAGAAGAGAUGAAGAGUAAAAUAUAAUAUUACGUAAAAAAAAGUCAGAUAAGAUUCUUCCUCACGAUAAAUUGACUUGCCAGCCAUCUUUUAUACGUUUUAUCCAUCAGAUAAAUAGGUGAAAGUAGUUGAUAUUUUGCAACGAGUAGUAGAGAGUGUGAAUGUUGCGAGAGGGUGUGAGCGCGAGAGUGAAAGCGUGCGAAUGAGAGAAACGAAAAUGAAAGAAAUAAAGGGAAAAGAGCACGAGAGCAACCACGUGUGUCGUCCGCGGACGCACGUGUAUGACACCGAUGCGGCUCCGUUAAAGUUGUAAACGCCGACACGAACACUCCUGUACACACAAAUACAUAGACAGACGCAUACAAUGACAAAACCGAGCUAUAUAAUGAGGGACAGUUUAGUGUCAAGCUGAUAGGCUUCCAUGAUAACUUUAGGUAACUUUACAUUUAUUAAGCAGAUUGUAAGACAAAACUAAACGAAAGCGAGAGAGAGAGAGAGAGAGAGAGAGAGAGAGAGAGAGAGAGAGAGAGAGAGAGAGAGAGAGAGAAAGAGAGAGAGAGCGCUCGCAAGUAUCAAUAAGUAUUUUAAAGAGCAUGUAAUCUAUACCGAAAAUCAGGAAAAAGAAAAAGAAAUAAUGCUGCUCAGAAUUAUGUGUAAAGGAAAAUUCUUCCCGAAUAAAAUAAAAUUAAAUGGUAAGAAUAAUAUACGAAGAGCGAGAGAACGGGCGCGAGAGCAAUAGAGAGAAUGAAGAAGAAAGAAAAGAGAGUGAGAAGAAAAAGAUGCACUAUUUCCACACACUAUAAUUGACAAUUUACUAGAAAUAUGAGCGAAGUUUAAAGGCGAAGGAAAACUGAAUUUGAAUGAGCAAAUUUGCAUUAUGUGUUCUUCGCGUAAAGUAUUUUCCUCAACGCUGUUAGUUUAAAUGCCAAACAGAAGUGCUCAUACGCUCGGAAGAUGUUAAAAAAUUGAAACUUUUUCAAUGAAAUUUUGAUAUCGAGUUCUUCCGUGUGCUCGAAACGUCUUCCUCGCGACAAAGCACUUUGCUCCAUUCGCUCACAUACGUACAUGCAUAUAUUCAUACACCAUACA